CACUUAACUCCUACAAAGUUACCAUGUACUAAAUAAUUCACCUUCAAUGCACACCAGCAUUUCAGAAAACCUCAGCGAAUUUUGCCGGGAAUGGAAUGAGGUCUAUUAUACGCUACCGCCCACUAUGGCGCCAGCACUACCCACCCACCACUCACACCCAUAACCACCCUCUCAACCGACCUCACCAUGCGCACUCAUCUUCCACCUCAACCCACCCCCUCCUCUACCCAGAAAUCCCAGGCAACGGCAGCUCGCACCACGACCUCGCCUCCUACGCCGCCUACGCCGCGCGCACCGGUCUAGACCUAACAUCCAAGACCUACGUCGGCACACGGUACGAGUACACCGUAGCCGCGGCCCUCGCGCCCCUCGGCUUCGCCCUCCAACGCAUCGGCGGCCGCGACGACUGCGGGAUCGACUUACUCGGGACGUGGCGGUUGCCCAUAACCCCCAGCAGCGCUUCUCCAACCCCACCACCCCUCCGCGUCCUCAUCCAAUGCAAAGCCGCCUCCGCGCAAAGCACCAGGAUCGGCCCUCACCAGAUCCGUGAGCUCGAGGGCGCCUUCGCUGGUGCCCCGCCCGCCUGGCGCUCUUCCCUCCUCGGCUCCCGGGGGCCUAUCUUGGGCUUCUUGGUCGCGCAGAAGACGGCGACGAAGGGUGUGCGCGAUGCGUUGGGACGUAGUCGAUGGCCUAUGGGUUUCGUGUCGUGUACGGCGGACGGGAGGUUAGAGCAGAUGGUGUGGAAUGGGCGGGCGGAGGAGGAGGGGCUUGAAGGGUUGGGUGUUGGGGUGCGGUUUAGUGAGGGUGAGGAUGGGGUUAGAUCGGAGCAGAGGUUGGUUUUGACUUGGAGAGGGAGGCCUUGUGAUCCCGUCUAGGUCCAGGCCUUGGAUCUCUACGAGGAUAGGACGAGAAAACGACGGAGGGUUUCUCCGUGGAGACUUCUAAUAACAGGUAAUCGCGAUGAUGAGGAUAAAUAUUAUACAGUAGACCAUACCCUAUAUAAAUAAUGUCACGCCAAUAUACACUGCAUUCAACUCAAAAAGAUAAAU